GCCGGCGGGGUCACUCAAACCCCCAGAAGUGAGCCUCUACCUUUUAAUCACUCCUCUUUGGUUGCUUCAUUGCCAAAAUAUCCCCUGGGAACAGCUGAUCAUUACUUAUUAUCGGUUAUUAAGUGAUUGUUGUCCUAGGAAUUGAACACUGUGGAGUUGAUUUAUGAGGAAAUGUCAAAACCCAUGGAGGCCGUUGACUGGGAAGAUCUUCGGAAGCAGGCGAGGCAUCUCGAGAAUGAAAUCGAUGCUAAAUUAGUGGCGUACAGCAAAUUGGGGAUAAAUACGAAUUCCAGUCAUGCCAGUGCAGAUACUGUACCGUUACUCGAUGAGGAUCAUGUAUUUGAGAAUAUGACAACAGAAAUUGGGUCACUCUUGACGAAGCUGGCGAUGAUAAAUGAUGGCAUGAGUGGAAUUCAGGCGAAUGGAGCUGCGAUGCUCCACACGAUGCAAAGACACAAAGAAAUACUGAAGGAUUACAAAUUGGAGUUUAACAAGCUGCAGAAUAAUUUCAUUAGUCGCAAAGAUCGUGAGGAGCUGCUUGGAAGUGUUCGACAGGAUAUUGAUAAUUACAAAAAUAUUGGAGGGCUGAACCGAAGGGAUAUGUAUCUAAAGGAGAACCAACACAUCCACAACUCUGAUCGAUUGAUAACCGAUCAAAUUAAUAUCGCUAUGGAGACGAGAGAUAAUCUCAUGUCACAGCGUCACGCCUUCAAACGCAUCCAAACGAGAUUCAAUGACAUUUCAAAUCGAUUUCCAGCUGUUCACAGUCUCAUCCAGCGAGUGAAUUUUCGAAAAAGACGUGACUCGCUGCUCCUUGGACUUCUCAUUGGACUGUGCACCUUCCUAAUGCUCCUCUAUGCCUUUCACUGAGUUCCUCCUCAAUUAAGACUAUGAGAUAUUUUUUAUAUUCGAUGCUUCGUUCCAACUUUCCAGGCAAUAGGGUAAUGUUCAGUUAAAAUAACGAUUAUUGACGAACUCGUGGCAAUUUUAUAUCCAUGUAUAUACACAGUAAAUCGCAGAUCUUUAAAAUGAGGGGAUGAAUCGUCGUUUAAGUCUGCCAAUAAAAGAAUUUAAUGUCAUUAUCGUCACCUCAUUGACUGUUUAAUUGUGAGAAAUACCAAAUAAAUAUUGAAAAUCGUCGAAUGACAAAAGGCACAGUUUCCAUAGGGUUGCAGCUAGUAUAUUACUCAAUACGGAAACUGAUACAUUUAUACAUGUAUAUACACAUAUCCAUACAUACAUAUAUAUAUGUAUAACAUAAUGUUCUGCUAGAGAUGUGGGUGACUGAUGUUCCAGGAAUCUGUAUUUAGAUACAGUCGUGUAAUGAAUACACAAACCAUGAAUUUCUUACGUCUAUUAGGUAAUAAAUUAAAGUAUCUUUCAA